ACAAUUCGAUCAACGAGGAAGUUUGAUAGUAAUUUGUAUCGCAUUGAGGAGAGGACUCAACCCGGAAGUUAUAGAAGUGUUUUAUUUAAGCACGACCAGUCUAAACUUCACACGGAAUUCAUUUAAGUUCGGAGGAAUAAUUCCAAAAACGUAAAUGAUAUUAGAAAUUCUGUAACAAACAGUAUGCUUUCGACGGGGAAUUUUACCACUGAAAAUGUACCACCAUGCCACCCAAACUUCUUUGCCAAUCUGCACUAGUGAUGCCCACAAACUUCAGGAACUACAAGAAGAGAACGAACUUCUACGAGGAAAAAUUCGAGGAUACUUAACUUUAGGAAAUUUGUUUUUAGAGAAAAAAGACGAGUGUAAAGCACUUCAAGAGGAAAAUUUAGCUCUCAAGAAAACAUUAGAAAAAUUGCAAACCACCAGCCAGUCCCAGAAUAACAGAAUGAACCAAGAACAAGAGAAGAAGCAGACUCUGCCUGUCAAGGAUAAAACCUCUGAUCCUCUCACUAGCAUUAACAAACCUCCGAACCAACAACCCACAGAGCAGUUUCCGAGUUACAUCCACAACUCUGCACCUGCCUCUAACUCCUCUCCCGGUAAAUGUGAUGGUGAAUGGACGCAACUCUCGGAGAACGACAAAAUGCCAACCCAAGAAUCACUAAGUUAUGAGAACCCAACAAGAAAGAGUAGGAGCACUGUAAACUCAGAAUCCAGCUCAACUAGUUUUGAGAGAAUAGACCCUUCUCCUUCUGUUUCAUUCUUAGAGCACAUGAAUGGCCAACCCAACUCCUCUUCCAACCUAAACCGACAGCUUUCAACCAAGGUGAAUUAUAGUUCUGGCAACAGCCUAAACCUAAUGGAGUUUCCGUCAAUGUCAGAGUCGAAUCAUGUCAUAAGUAGCCCUCAAGAAGAACUGUUUGAUCCACUGAUAGCUGAGGCUGUUUCAAACGAAGAUCACAAAGAUGACGAAAUUAUUUUGAGCAUUAAAGUAAGCCAAGUAGCAGUUGCCAUGGACUUGACAACAGACGGCCCUGCAGAGAGAAUGAGGAAAUUUCUGGAAGAGCUCGUUCCAGAAAUAGAAAAACAGGAAGAGGAAACCCAAAAGUACAAGACUUGCAAUUUAGCUUUGAAAGAAGAGGUUGAUAAUCUAAAGUCUGACAGACAGAGUUUACUACAUAAGAUUCAGGUGUUGGAACACCAGGUGAACAACGUCAGUAUGGGGUCCUCCAUGUCAUCCCAGACCCAGGUGUUGGACUGGGAACAGCACAGACAGACAGGCAGACAGAAAAUGGAAAAUGGACUCAUGGUUGGAAAGGAGCAAGAACUUGAAAAAUUACAGAGGGAAACACAGAAAUGGCGGGACUAUUUCAGUCAGUGGACAAGAGAUAAGGAGAAGCUAAAAGCAGAAAAUGACAAACUAAGGUCAGAAAUCUCUAACUUCAAGACUCAGGACCUGAAGAGGCAAGAAGAGUUUGACAAGAUACUGCUAAACGCCAAAGAAAGAACAACAGAGGCAGAGGCACAAAGGGAAGAAGUUCAACAAAAGCUAGACAGGCUGAUCUUGAAAAUGGCAGCUCUGGAGGCUGAGGUUCAUGAGAAGACAGACAUUAUAAGCCUACUGAAUCGAGACAAAAACACAUUGGAAGCAGAAGUCACAGCACUAAGGAGGACAGGAAAUGGAAUUGGUAUGAUGGACCUGACAGGAAAUCACAGUAAUGAGGAUCUACAGCAAGAAAAUGCAGUCCUAAGAGAACAAUUAACAGUUUUUAAAGAAGACUUUGAUCGAGAGAGAAGUGACCGUGCUUCUGCUCAAUCAGCUAAAGACGAUCUCCGUAAAGAAUUGGAGACUGAGCAGAGAAAAGUUCGCACUCUCCAGGAUCAGUUUAAACAGGCUGAGAGACAUAUUCACAGUGCAGAAAAGAAAUUGAAGCACUACAUGACUGAAAAUACACAGUUGACAAAAGAGAACCAAAGACUGAAGAAAGAGCUUCAGCAUGAAAAGGAUCGCAACGCUCAGCAGCAAUAUUACCAGAUGAUGAAUAGACCACCAGUCCCAGAAUAUGGGACACCCUACAGAGCCCAGCCCGAGACAGACCCAAUGGCAAAGCCAGUACCCCCAUACAUGUUCAAGACUGGAUACGCUCACAAUGGAUUGGGUGAAUUCUCUCGACCCCAAAUGAGCAAUAAAGCCCAGCUUUCCCCGGAACAGCUUCCAGGAGCGUGGGGGUGCCCCCAUUGUACAUACACAAACCACCCUUCCCGAACAGUCUGUGAAAUCUGUGGAAACAUCUUCACAAAGGAAGAACUUCAAAACUAUUACCAUCCAAACUCCAAUCAUUCCCAGCCAUUAAUGGCGCGCGGAGACACAAUGACACCUAGUGGUGAGGAUCCACCUGACUUGUGUACAGACUCUGGACUGAAGGCAGCAGCAGCAGUCAACUGUCACUAAUAUUCUUCAACCUAAGACAGACAUUGGAUGUGAACAAUAUUAAUGACAGUUGCUGUUGACUCUAUGUCUAUCACUGUCUCUCUGUAUGUGAUACCAUCUAACAGACUCCAAAAAGUCAAACUUUAGUUUUAAUCUCAGUGUAUUUUGGGAGUACCAAAUAUUUCAAUGACAAGCUCAAAAAGCUUGUCAUUGAACUAUUUUGUACUUGCAAAAUCGCUAAGAUUAAAAUGAAAAUCAAAUAUUACCCCAAAUAUUUGAUCCCUGCAUUUCGACCCCAUUCUCAGGUCAGAGCAGGGAGAGUGAGUAAACAAAUGCCUUCAUUCCAAGCAAUUUUGUGUGCUGUGAAGAUUCAACCUGACAUUUGCAGCUGAAUAAAUAGUAAGAACUGUUUACAGAUUCAAGAAUCGGCCAGAUUAAGGAGCCAGUCAUCUGUGUGGUUUAUUGUGUUGAUUUAAUCAAGGAGCUGAUAUGAUUGAGGGAUCGGUCAGAUUAAGAAUUUGGUCAAAUUUAGGAGUUAACAGAAUUAAAGAGUUUACUGGAUUGAGGAGCGGUCAAGAUUGAGGGGUCAUAUCCUUCUUUGAGAUAUUGUAAGAACCAACAAAGAGAAGACCUUGUGAAUUUAUAAACCUAGCUGUGAGCCAGAGCAGACAUAACACCAGCAACAAUUUCUCCCCCAAAGAUAUAAUGUGAUGAUAAAUACCAAGAUGUUAGAAUAGAACUAACUACUUUCUGUGGAUAUGAAACUUUAAAUACCAGGAACAAAUCAUUAAGGGUCAAUUUCCAGUAGUGAAGAAUUUGAAGGUCCAUCAAAAAACAAUGAUCCAACAACAGUCAAUUGACGGAGAAGUCCAAAGUGUAGAGGAGCAUUGUAAAACUCUGUGCAAAAAAUUCAAUAGCUUGUUUUGGAGAUUUCUGAUUUCUUGUUGUGCUUUGUUUAGUAUAUCAUAGAAUUUUUUCUGUAGUUUAAUUAAUCUUUCAAUGGUUGUUCGUAUUGUACGUUUUGUAGAUAAACAUUUAUUGUUUUACUCACUUUGAUUUAUUAGUGAUUUAUCAUGUUCUUUAAGCCACUAUUCUUUUUCCUGUUUUAUACAUCAAUAUUUAUGUUAUUAAAAUUUAGUGUUUUAUGCUUCUUCUGUAUAUGUGAUGGAAAAUCAAUAUAUUUUGUUUUAAUAGAAAUUUGAAUUUUGAAUGUGAGAAUUGAGAAUUGUCUGUAAACAUUUCGUGAUUUGAAAAUUAUUCAAAAAAAUUGUCACAGUUGUAAUAGUCAAGGCUAAGCAUCUAUUCCAGAAUAUGUAGAUAAAAUUUAACAUGUGGGAGACCAUUGUAGUAAACUCGGUUUAGUUGUUAAUCAAACCUUAAAUUUUUACUAUUCUAAAUCAACAAGUUUCUUCAGAAUCUAUGCGUAACUUUGAUAUGUUUAAUGAUAGUAAUUUUUUAAUGUAUAGUUUAAUGGUUAAAGUGUACUGAAAUGAAAUAUACAUGAAUUUUGUUUUUUCCUAUUUAGUGUAUUAUGUAUGAUGAUUUGUUGAAUAAAAAAUGAUGUAUACAAA